AUGGUCCACAGUCAUCCCUCUCAUUCAAAACUGCGGGUUGCCAUUAUAGGUGGUGGCAUUGCUGGUCUUGCCACUGCCGCAUUUUUGCGGAAAUAUCCUCAAUACAGCAUUACUGUUUAUGAGCGCCGGGCGGACUCCAAGGAAUCGUCUGCGGCACUUGGUCUUCGGGGUAGCGGUAUAUCUAUCGUACAACAGCUGGAUAUCACCCCAAAUGAGAUCGGUGCAGUUUUAGGAGCCGGCUACCGAACAUACAACGUUCAGGAGGAAUUGAUGAGCAAAUUAGAGCUGGGCAAUGGACCAAACGGGGAUGGCGACCUGUGGCUUAUAUACCGUCAAGAUUUGAAGGAUGCGCUGCUUCGACGAGUGACGUGUGCAGAGGGGGAGGGGACGCCAAUUCAAGUUAUAUACAAUAGUCACGUCGUUCGCGUUGACCCGGAGAUCGGACGUAUUCAUUUUGCAGACGCGACGGAAGUUGAUGCUGACUUGGUCAUCGGUGCCGAUGGUAUCCAUUCCAAAGUUCGUGCUGCUAUUAUUUCAGCAUCGCAUCCAGAACCCGCCCCUUGUGGGCACUCGAUGUAUCGAUUUGUGAUCCCUAUGGAGGUCAUUCAAGAGUCGAUGGCAGCGGAAGGCCGGACUCCGGCUAUAUUCAACUAUACCGAAGGCAGUUAUGUAGGCGUUGUUGCGACUGGAGAUGCAGAUGAGGAUAACCGCCACCUUAUUAUGUAUCCCUGUCGCAAUCAUGGGUUUAUGAAUGUCGCAUUUGGGGUCCCCGACUCGAUAUUGAAAGAUCCAACUGGUCUUGAAUAUUCUUGGAGUGCGAAGGGAAGCGUGCAGGAGUUGGUUAACAAUAUUCACGGAUUUCCAGGAUGGAUUGGGCGAUUGUUUAGCCGUGUUUCUCAAGUUGAGCUUUUUCAAAUGCGUGAUCAGGAACCAUUGCCCACGUAUGUCAAGGGGCGAACCGUUUUGAUCGGUGAUGCUGCCCAUCCGAUGGUUCCGUACCAGGGACAAGGUGCCAAUCAAUCCUUCGAAGAUGUUGAAGGACUCGAUGCGCUCUUGGCGGACGUUUUCGACGGCGACACCAUCCCCGACCGAUUAAGGGUCUGGAACAGCAUUCGACGACCGCGAGCUUCGGCAGUCCAAGCAAGUGGACGGGUUUCGCAGUCUAAAUUAUCUAGCAAAGAGGCUGCGGAUGCAAUCUCAGCGGUAAAGCCAUAUAUGCGUAUGAAGGAGGCACUUGCGCGACUUUAG